CCCCCGGGAACGAAUCCGGCGCCGGCGGCGGCGCCGCGUGCAUCGCCUUCGCGGCGACCUCGCCGAAGGACAACCCCCUGGACGUCGCCGUCCACGCGAGCGCGGCGACGAAAUCCGGCGCGAACCGCAGCCCGUAGUCGCCGUCCUCGACGCGGCAGCGCGACGCCGUCCGCGGGGAUGCCGGGGGGCCCCGGCGAGACCCCGACCGGGACGCAAACCGACGCGUUCGUGUAUCCCUCCCCGCAGGUCAUGUCCCCCGGCGCGGGGAACAUCAACCCGGAGGGAGACGCGACUGAGACGUACGUGUGGGGGACGCUCGUAAACGUGCAAGAUGUCCGGCAGCGGUUCCGACGAUUCGUGGAGCACUUCGAGCUCGCGUCGAGGGAGGGCACGUCGCACUACGACGCGAAACUCCGCGAGUGCUUCGAGAAGGAGGACUUCCAGCUCGACCUGGACUGCAAGCAUCUGCACGCGUACGACCCGCACCUGUACAAGCUGCUGGUGGCGUACCCGCAAGAGAUGAUUCCCAUCUUCGACGUCGUCGCCAACGAGCACUUCGUGGAGCGCAUCUUACCCGACGGCGAAGACGAGGAGUUCCAGAGGUUCCAGGUCAGGACGUACAACUUACAGGAGACGAAGCCGAUGCGCGACUUAAACCCGAGCGACAUCGACAAGCUCGUCGCGGUGCGAGGGAUGGUGACGCGGUGCAGCGCCAUCAUCCCCGACUUAAAGAUGGCGUUUUUCAAGUGCUCGUCGUGCGGCGCGUCCCCCCCGGAGAUGACGUACGUCGACCGCGGGCGCGUGAACGAGCCCCCGAUGAAAUGCCCCGGCUGCGACGCGCUCGGGACCGCGACGCUGAUCCACAACCGGUGCAUAUUCGCGAACAAGCAGCAGGUCAAGAUGCAGGAGACCCCGGACGCGAUCCCCGAGGGCGAGACCCCGAACACGGUGUCCAUGUGCGUCUUCGACUCCCUCGUCGACGAGGCCAAGCCAGGGGAUCGCGUGGAGAUCACGGGCGUGUACAGAGCCGUGCCGAUACGCGUCGCGCCGACGCAGCGGGUCUUGAAGGCGGUGUACAAGACGUACCUGGACGUGAUACACAUACGCAAGGACACGACGGCGCGGAUAAAAAACACCGCGGCGAGGGAAGACGAGGAGGACAGGGCGCGGCACGAGCGCGACGGCGUCGCCUUCACCCCGGAGAGAAUCGCGGCGCUCGAGGAGAUCGGUAAGCGGGAGGACGUCUACGAGCGACUCGUCUCGUCGCUCGCGCCGUCCAUCUGGGAGAUGGAGGAGGUGAAGAAAGGGCUCCUGUGCCAGCUCUUCGGCGCGACGCACAAGACGCUGACGGGCUCGGCCGCGGGGUCGCGCGUCCGAGGCGACAUCAACGUCAUCCUCGUUGGCGACCCGGGGGUAUCGAAGUCGCAGCUGCUGACGUACGUGAACAAGGUUGCGCCGCGUGGAAUCUACACCUCCGGCCGAGGCUCCUCCGCCGUCGGUCUCACCGCGUACGUCACGCGGGAUCCAGAGACGAAAGACUUCGUGCUCGAGUCCGGCGCGCUCGUGCUGAGUGACCGCGGGAUAUGCUGCAUCGACGAGUUCGAUAAGAUGUCCGAGGGCGCGAGGUCGACGCUGCACGAGGUGAUGGAACAGCAGACGGUGUCCAUCGCCAAGGCGGGGAUCAUCGCGGUGUUGAACGCGCGCACCUCCGUGCUCGCGUCCGCGAACCCGAUCGGAUCGCGGUAUAACCCGAACAUGUCCGUCGUGGAGAACAUCGACCUCCCUCCCACGCUCCUAUCGCGGUUCGACCUGAUUUUCCUCGUGCUGGACAAGCCGAACGUGGAGACGGAUAAGCGACUCGCCGCGCAUCUCAUCAGCCUGCACUUCGAGAAGCCGCCGGAGAAGGUCACGGGCGCGUUGGACGCGGCGACGCUGACGGAGUACAUCUCGUACGCGCGGUCCAAGUACCACCCGGUGCUCUCCGACGAGGCCGCGGAGUACCUCGUGGAGGGGUACGUCGACAUGCGGCGGCUGGGCGUCGGCGGCGGACGGAAGGUGAUCACCGCGACGCCGAGGCAGUUGGAGAGCAGCAUUCGUCUCGCGGAGAGCCUCGCGAGGAUGCGGCUGUCGAACGUCGUCGAGAAGCGCGACUCCACGGAGGCGCUGCGGCUGAUGCGCGCGGCGAUGCAGCAGGCGGCGUGGGAUCCGAAGACGGGGCAGAUCGACAUGGAUAAGAUCUUGACCGGGCACAGCGCGAGCGACCGGCGGCAACGCGGCGCCGUCGCGGAGGGCAUCGCAGAGAUUUUGUCCGAGACGGCUGCGGGCCGCGCGCGGCUCGCGGAGCUCGUCGUGAAGCUGAAGGAGCGGAACUCGCAGUUCGAGAUGAGCGUGCAGGAGGCGAGGGACGCGGCGAUGUUGCUCGUGGAGCAGGACCGGGCGACGAUCAAGGGGGACGUGGUGAGCGCGUUGUGAUGAACGGUAGGAUGAAUUGAUGAGACGAACGAUUCGCUCUC